AUGAUGGCUUCGCAAUCUACUCCUCGAACUCGCAAGCCACGCAAGGGCGCCGCGGCUUGGCGGCUACCGGCAAACUGCAAACAAGUCGCAUGGAAGGAGCCGCGACUUGUGUCAGAUCACCUCUGUUCGCCAGUUCCUCGCAGCAAAAGCUAUGUCACGAAGAACGGCAAGAUCAACUUCGACGAUCGCUACGAUAUGUCCAAAAUUUGCAAACGGAAACGGCCAAAGAGGGAACAACUUGACCGCCAGAAACGCAGCCGCGUCUCUCCUCCAUGCGAUGAGGAAACGGCAUUCAAGGAGGAAGCGGAACCGGAUAUCAACACCAUUAUAAAGCCAGAACCACCUAUCAGCGAGGACAGUUUCCAUGCCCGCCCAUCCAUUAAGUUGGCCAUUCCUGAUCAUAUCAAGGCGAUGCUGGUGGACGACUGGGAGAACAUCACCAAGAACAACCAGCUUGUUCCUCUCCCUCAUCCUCAUCCUGUCGAUGAGAUUUUGAACGACUAUCUGGCCUACGAGCGUCCCAACAGAGACGAUGGUUCUGCGAACAUGGACAUUCUUGAGGAAGUCGUCGCCGGUCUUCGUGAGUACUUUGAGAAGUCUCUCGGCCGCAUUCUUCUGUACCGCUUUGAACGCCCUCAAUACCACGAGGUUAGAAAGGUGUGGGAGAAGGCCAAAGAGGACGACAAGCACAAGUCUGUCUGUGACACUUACGGUCCUGAGCAUCUUUGCCGCCUGAUGGUCUCUCUGCCGGAACUCGUUGCCCAGACCAACAUGGAUCAGCAGUCCGUGUCCCGCCUGCGCGAGGAGCUUUCCAAGCUCACCGUCUGGCUCGGCAAGAACGCGAAGAACUACUUCGUUAGCGAGUACGAGACCCCGUCUCAGGAGUACAUCGACAAGGCUCGCGGGUUCUAG